UCGCGGACGGUCGCCACAGUCGCAACUCAUAUCGCAAGAUGAACUCCUCCGCCGCCGUCCUUGUUGUGUGCCUGUGCCUCGCAGGUCAGGCCAUGGCCUUCGAGGUCAGCUUCGGCUCCUGCCCCAAGGAGAGCAACGCAGUGUCGCCAUUCUACCCCUUAAAUUAUAUCGGCAGGUGGUACGAGAUCGAGCGCUUCGCCCAGGUCUGGGAGGCUCUGGGCAAGUGCGCCGUCGCUUACUACGGAAUAGACAACACAGUGGGCAUGAGGGUAACCGUCAAUAACACCAUGAGGAGGGACCUCGCGGACGGACGCCACAGUCGCAUCUCGUAUCGCAAGAUGAACUCCUCCGCCGCCGUACUCUUUGUGUGCCUCUGCCUGGCCGCUCAGGCCCUGGCCUUCGAGAUCAGCCUCGGCUCCUGCCGGAAGGAGAGCGGCGCGGUCACGCCCUUCCUGCCCACAAGAUAUGUCGGCAAGUGGUACGAGAUCGAGCGCUUCGCCCAGAUCUGGGAGCUCGCGGGCAAGUGCGCCACCGCUGACUACGAGUUGGACCAAGACGUGAGCGGCAGGGUGACCGUCAAGAACACUAUGCAGACCAUCUUCGGCGGCGAAGUAAGCCAGAGUGGCUACGCCGACCUCACUAGCCAGGACAAAGGAGAGCUCAACGUAGUCUUCAAUGUUCCUAUCUUUGGCAAGCGUGAAGCCCCCUACUGGGUGCUCGCCACCGACUACGACAACUACUCCCUCGUUUACUCAUGCACGGAUCUUUUGGGCUUCCUAAAGAUUGAAUCUGUCUGGGUCCUCGGCCGUGCCCCCACCUUGACCGAUGCGGCCCAAAAGGAAGUAGAUGCCGCCAUCGAGCUCAACAAAAUCAACAAACGCGCUCUCAAGCCCACCAAACAAGACUGUUAAAUCAACGCUGCGCAUACUAAAUAUUUUAACGACAAAUCUACCUCGCUAUUUUAUUUUGAACAAAUAACAAAAUGCACAGAC